AUGGAGCAGGGAAAAGCAGCUUAUGGUUCUUUGGGAAAAAUUCAGUCUAGGAAUCGAAGAGGAAUUUUUGAAUUGGCUGGAGUUGUUAAAUGCAGCACAGGACGCAGUGCUAUUUCCUAUAUACGGUAUGGAUGUUAUUGUGGUCUAGGAGGACGUGGCUGGCCUAGAGAUGCAGUAGACUGGUGUUGCUUUAAGCAUGAUUGCUGCUAUAGUAAAGCAGAGCAAGCAGGCUGCCAACCUAAGACAGGACGCUAUGACUGGGAAUGCAAUGAUAAGUCUGCUGUGUGUGACUCAGAGGACGAAUGUCAAGAAAUGAUAUGUGAAUGUGACAGUGAGGCUGCUAAGUGUUUUGCUAAAGCCCCUUAUAAUUCAAAAUAUAUUUUCUGGCCAGACUUCAAAUGUGGUGAGAGACAACCUAAAUGUAAAGAUUAGUGUACUGUUACCUUACUAAUAUUGAAUACAACUGUAUAUGUUUUUGAACAACAAACUUUCCUUUGGCUAGUGGUGGUCAUUCUUUUUCUCAAUCAUACUAAUGCCUGUAUCUAAUUAUUAUAAAGCAUAGACUAAAAACAAGUCUAGUGGUUCAAGUUAUAAUAGCAGA